CGUGCUCGGGUGACCCUGUGGCCUGCUGGCCGCGCAGGUGUCUUGAUAAGACGCCUCAUCCACUAUAAAGCUACCACGGCGCCGAGAUUUGGCUAUCACACGGACCUGACACUACAUUUCAGGAUGCUGUGGAGAGUUGCGUUGUUGGCGUUGGCGGCCCUGUCGCUGGCAGCUGGGGAACCCCAGCGAUUCGACGGCCACCGUGUGUACCGCGUGACGCCGAAAAACAAGCACCACGUGCAGUUCCUCAACGCGCUCGCCAGCAAGUACCACAAUGACAUCCUUUUCUGGAAGGAUGCCAGAGCCGUCAACAGGACGGCAGACAUCAUGGUAUCGCCGGAAAUGCAGAACAACUUCCUGGAAGCGCUCGAAAAGAAGGGUAUGAAGUCCUCUGUCUACGUAGAAGACGUGCAAAAACUUAUUGACGCUGAACGUCCUGCAAAGCAGUCGAGGGCAUCCUUUGGUUGGGACGACUACUAUACUGUGGAUGAGAUUUACGCAUGGCUUGACUCACUGGCCGCUUCAUACCCUAGCGUCGUGACAACAGUUGUGGGCGGCAGCAGCUAUGAGGGCCGCGAAAUCCGCGGAGUCAAAAUUUCUUACGGCACCGGCAACCCCGCAGUCGUCAUCGAGGGAGGCAUCCACGCGAGGGAGUGGAUCAGCGCUGCCAGCGUGACGUGGUUCAUCAACGAGAUCCUCACCUCGACCGACGCCAGCGUGAGGAGCAUCGUCGAGAGCUUCGACUUCUACAUCUUCCCUAACACCAACCCCGACGGAUACGCGUACACCUGGACGGACAACCGAAUGUGGCGCAAGACGCGUAAGCCGUACGUGCUGUGCGUCGGUGCCGACCCUAACCGCAACUGGGACUUCCACUGGGCAGAGGAGGGCGCCAGCUCCAUCUCGUGCUCUGAGACUUACGCCGGGUCGGAGGCUUUCUCCGAGGUGGAGACCAAGACCCUGUCUGAGUUCCUCACCGGCCUGGGCAGCGACCUGCAGGUCUACCUGAGCUUCCACAGCUACUCGCAGCUGCUCAUGUACCCCUACGGCCUGUCCAACGUCGUCGCCGACAACGCCGCCGAACUGCAACAAAUGGUUGAGAAAUCAGCCCAGGCCCUGGCAUCCAGAUACGGUACCCAGUACACCGUCGGCAGCAUCGUCAACGCUAUCUACGCGGCGGCCGGCAGCAGCAUCGACUGGUCGAUGGGUGCGCUGGGCCUGCGCUACGCGUUCGUGUGGGAGCUGAGGGACACUGGCCGCUACGGCUUCCUGCUGCCCGCCGACCAGAUCAUCCCCACCAGCGAGGAGACCUUCGACAGCGUCCUGUCCAUCCUCGAGGACGUGCAGGCAGCUCUCCGCAGCAAGAAACAGCUCCACUAGAGACCCUAAUCCACUGACUGUAACCAACGAAAAAUAAACUACGUUUACAUUAAA